CCACUCUUCUUUGCUUCAACUCUACUUUUGUGACCUUCCACUAUUUUAUGUUCUCACGCUCAUAAAUGUCUCCGAUCUCUGCUACCCUUCGAUCAUUAUUUGAAACUUGGAAACAAUGAGCAUGAGGGCCACCAGACCCCCACUCUCCAUUAACCUUAAGCUCAUUCUCCUUCUCUUCCUCUUUCUUUCUUUCCUUCUCUUAGUAAUCAGGUCAGGUUUUCAAUCUUCCCAGAACAAUCCACCCCCUGUUACCCAAACCCAUAUUUUGACCGACGAACCAGAAUGCCCAUCUCUUCCAAUUUGCACAAAAACCCCUCCUUCUGUGGCCAAUGCUCUCAUUCAUUACGCAACCAGCAACAUAACCCCUCAACAAACCCUCAAGGAGAUCUCUGUGUCCGCCAGAAUCCUGGAAACUAAGUCGCCCUGCAACUUCUUGGUGUUCGGAUUGGGCCAUGACAGCCUCAUGUGGACGGCUCUCAACCACGGCGGCCGCACGGUUUUCCUUGAAGAAGACAAAGCAUGGAUCGACCAAAUUCAGGAGCGGCUGCCCAACUUGGAGGCGUAUCACGUGCAGUACGACACCAAGGUCCAUCAGGCGGAUGAGCUGAUGAAGAUAGGAAUGGGAGAAGAGUGCAAGAGUGUGGGUGACCCCAGAUUUUGCAAGUGUGAGCUUGCACUUAAAGGGUUACCAAGCGAGAUUUAUGAGAUGGAAUGGGACUUGAUAAUGGUGGAUGCUCCAACAGGUUACUUCAAUGAGGCACCUGGAAGAAUGAGCGCCAUUUACACGGCUGGCCUUAUGGCUAGGAAUAGACAGGAGGGUGAGACUGAUGUGUUCGUUCAUGAUGUGGACAGAGUGGUUGAGGACAAUUUCUCCAUGGCUUUUCUGUGUAAGGGAUAUCUCAGGAAACAAGAGGGCAGGAUAAGGCACUUCAGCAUUCCAAGCCAUAGGACUCGCCCGGACACACCUUUUUGCCCCUAGUUUUCCAUCUUACACAUCACCGUCGUCUUCUUCUUAUACAAAACCAUUUUCAUUAUAUUUACAUGCAAAACCAACCCCAAGUUUUUUGUAUUAGAACAUGCGGCAUUCCAAUUAAUAUUGAUUUGAUUUUCACUUAUGUGAGGACGGUUAAACUAUUGAUAUUA